AUGCGGGCCAAGCAGCGAGAGUGGAUCCUUUCAGGAUUGAGGAGCUUCGGAGCGCCUAUGGCUGUCGCCACACUAGUGAGUUUGCUCUUCGCUGUGCCCGGACUCGACUGGUCUUCGCCCUUGGACCACUUUGAAUGCUUCAGUGGAAAGAUGGAGGUCACCCAGGCUGAGUGGCGAGCUGGGCGAUCGGCCAUGCCCUUUGAUGUGGACAUCAGCCCUGGAAUGGACCUAUUGACACCCGCUGGGUUUUGCAACUCCUUGUUCUAUGCGGCGUCCCUUCGGCCCGGCGCCGGCCACAUGACG